GUGAAACAUCAAGCCCGUUCAGAGUUCACAAAGCUGAGGUUUAUUCUUCAUCACAAGAAAAGAAAUGGAAUCAGCCCAUAACGCAAAGACAUCCAGGGAUGAGACACCUACUUUGGAACUUACUGCUCCCAGGAAACACCAACUGCUUGACUUGCUCAGACGACGGCAGGUAUCUCUGUCUGGGCCACUCCGGGGGCUUGUCUGUGUGGUGUGCGUCAUCUCUGAAUCGUGUUGCAGGGUGGCUGCAGGACAGGCUGGAAAUGACAUCUAUCCAGAUGACCAGUAUGUCUAAGACCAUGUAUCUGCUUGGCACUGUUGAUGAUAUGGGUGUUGCGAGAGUCUUUGGUCAUCAUUCAGACUCGAUACACCUCCUCUGCGUUACUAACAUUAUGGAAGAUAUCAACAAAAGGAGCAUUUGUUUGUCAUUUGAACUGUUUGAAGGGGGAAAUUAUGGAGCUGCAUCACUCAGUUGCGGCGGAGCUGUUUGGCUUGAGGUCUACCAGUUUCCUUCAGCAGCAUGGCUGAAAGAGUUGGAGAAUGCACAGAACCCAAACUCAUCUGAAUGGUCACCAGUUACUGUAAUGAUUCAAAUCAGGCCACCAAAAAUCCCAACAGAGAAGGCACUCAGUAGUCCACCUGAGACGUCGCAGCCAACAGACUUUCUGAUGCACUGUUUGGCUCUGGACAUAAUCAGGAGCAGCAGCCAUCGUUUGGAGAAGCCGCCCUUCAGUACAGAUGAAGGAAAAAGAAAGGAAAUGAAUGAAAGCCCAAGACAUUGCACGUGGCACUUUCUUCUGCCCUGUGGUCCUGGUGACAGCAAAGCAGAGUUUCAGCCAGGAUUACUUGUCGCUGUUGCUGUGUGGUGGAGUGGCAGCUGUAAUCUUCUUCAGUAUUUCCUAAAAAAACCACCAAAGAGCAGCCCAAAUGUGGACCCGAUGCCAGAUGUAUUGUGGCCAAAUGCAAUGGAAAUCCUCUGCUCAGCUGUUAGUAAAUGCAACCGUUACAUCGCUCUUGGGCUCAGUGAUGCCUUGGUGUGUGUCUGGGACAGGCGAUCCGGGGCUCCAUUGUCUCUCGUUUUAAUGCCAGAAGCAAACAGCGCCUUAUUCAGGGUACAGUUUGUGGAUUGCUGCCCUGUGACUGAUGAUGACUUCCAGAUUUUUACUGCUGAAAAAGUCCAUCUUUUGAUAUUGUGUAAAAGUGGAGCAAUUCAAACCGUCACAACUGGACGGGGGACAAAACCCAGCACAAAGCAGCUCUCUGAAAGGCCAAAGGACAGCAAGGACCUCCCAACUGUCACUGCGUCAGUACUGUUCCUGCAGGGAUUGUCACUUGUAAUGCAAAGGAGUGGAAAAAUGUCCAUCCAAGAUGUCAUCAACAACACCACUGUGUGCUUCCUGACUCCUCCCACAACUCAUCUCAUUACGACUCCCCACAGUCCAAUUUAUGCGCUGAACUCCAAACAGCAGAGUCUGUUCAUACGAGGUGACCAGGACACCAGCUGCAGUGUUACAUCUGAAGAAAGGAGCCAGAGCCAGCUUUUCGUCUUCCGUUUUGCAGAGUCUGACAUCUUUAAGCAGCACGUUGUUUCAUAUCCUGAGUCCACACGACAGCAGCAAACUCUGAGCUACAACACCUUAAAGGAAACCUGCAAUCUCUACCUUCAGAAAAGAGCACAGUCUGUGGAGGAAAGGAACAAAACUCUGACACAGACAUGGGAGCAGCUGCAGGAAAAUCCAAUGAAGAAUUGCAGCAAAUGAUAAAGAUACUAAUAAAGUGAUUCCCACCAUCUGUAAAGCACUACUCACCCAGACACAAAGUGGAGGAUCCUAUUAAAUAUUAUUUCUUUAAUUGAUAAACUUAGCAAAUAUAAAUAUAGAACUGCUGAAAUUGUCUUAAGAUAUUGUCCUUGUUUUCUGUUAUUUAAAUGUUUUUGAUGCAUUUGAAUUGUAAACUGAAAUUGUUUUAU